AUGGAAUUGACGCCACGCCACGACCAGCCGCUGUUGGUGCCCGGCUCAGCUAUGCUGGAAGCCAUGUCGACACCCUGUGUUGUGUCCGUGCGCGUAGUGGCUGCGGUAGAACUGCUGCCUAUGCACAAGGGAAUUAUCAGUAAUGCCAUGGUAGAAGUCUCACUUUUACACAAGAAUGGUUCAAAUCAGUUUUGUUAUAGUAUGGGCAAUGACCAUAAGAACGUCAUUUUCAUGUACUGGACACAGACAGCGUCAUUGGCGUCUUGUUUACGGUGA